AUGGCCACCAAUGGCUCCCCCACAAGAACCACGUCAGACCAGGCCAAAAAGGAAACAACGCCUCCAAUAUACCGGAUCCAAGAUUUCAAAUCGGGGGAGCUCCAAGUCUGGCAGACCAUGAUGGAUCUUCUAGGCUUCACUGAGAUAUUUACAAGCAGGAACCAGUGCCGAAAGGCCCUCAAACACACCUGGGUGAACAUAGUAGACUUCUUCGAAGCCAUCAACACAUCCAGCAGGCCGCGUUUCUUCGCCAACCAUUAUCAGCUAGGCAGGUAUACGGUCCGAACCGGAAAGUUCUUCCCUAAGAAAUUAAUACCAAAGGGCAGUCCGCUCCGACAACUAUUCACCAACAUUGUCCCCAGACAGGGCCGAGAUUGCGAUUAA